CCACACUAGCAAUGACGCUGUCAACCAUGCUGGACUUCUGUCAAUUGGGCGGGUUGCAUUCGUCCUAUCGAAUGAAUGCUCCCUCACCUACGACUUCAUAUAAAGCUUGACCCCAAGCCGGCAAGUAUGGGCUUUCUCAUCAUACCCCUCUACAAGAACCUUCUGAUUUCACUCUUCCUCACACACUAUAUCUAUAUCACUCUAUACCCUCAUGCCGUCUCCACCUCGAGGUUAUACAACGUUUCCGAGUGACGCAGACCUCUUCUACUUCUGCACCACGUCGUCAACUUCUGCUGAGGACCUUGGUAUCAACUACGCACCUCCAUCACAAUCAUCUCUACGAGUUGGCGUCGUCAUCCUCAGUCAAGACCAGAUCCAACUCACGGACCUCGCCGCUGUUGACCUCCUGUCGACAUUGAGCAGGAGUAGGAUCGGCAAGUUGAGUGCACCAGCGAGUACGCUCGAUGAAGCUGUCGAUGAAGUGGACGUUCGAUAUGUCAGUGUGACCGGAGAGGGGUCGUUUCCAGUCACCUCUGGCGCUCGAAUGCCAGUGACGCAGAACUCUUUCGCGAACACACCGCAAUUUGAUGUCCUGAUCAUCCCUGGAUCAUUUUCCACAAAGGAACUAUCAGAGGCAGCAACAUCCUUCCUUGCUGCACAAUGCUCGAGUCCUGACCUCCGUGCCAUCUUCAGCAUAUCAUCUGGUAUCUUGCAUCUCACUCAGACCGGUCUUCUCUGGAAGCGACGGGCCUCCGCACCACGCUGCCUAAUACCGGCUCUUCAGCAACGCUACCCAGAGACAUUUUGGCAAACGAAGGCCUGGAAUCGACACGACAAGAUCUGGACUAGUUCGACUGCUAUCUCUGCCCUUGACAUGAUAGCUUCCUGGGUGCGCGAGUUUUUCUGGGACCGACACGAAGCCGUCGAGUGUGCUUUGGCCGCUGCUGGAAUCGGAUCGCUGGACGAUUUCGAUUAUUGACGACUUCACAAUAUGCAUUCCCUGGCGUUACGGGCAGCCUCAACUCUAUUGGUUCUCUACCCCUCUCUAGUGCAGACGAAGGGCACAUUAAGGUUUUCGCCUGUUGUACUAUUACACAUCUUGUUCGUUGCGACAACACGAUCGCACAA